GAUCAAAACAACCAUUUAACACAAAGUGUCUUUCGAUCCACUGCAUCCCAUCAGUCGGUCAGAAGUUCUCCACCCCCACUCUCCCCCAUGUCAACUGAAGAAAACACCAUCUCCGCCUCUGCACACACACGGGAGACACGCACCCACACUCACGCACACUAGAGCUACAGCCCCUCCCAACCCCGCCCCUCGUCUACCCCCACCGCCUGACCAUCCGUGUGUUGGCCACGGGCGAGUAAAAGUAGUACCCCCUGCCACCCCCCUGGUGCAUCUGGCGCGGGCGGUGCGUGUAGGACACCGUCUCCCUCACGGCUACCAUCCCCACCCCCUCCCCGUCCUCCUCGGUCGGCACCGCAAACUGGGGGGCAUACGACGACGCAGCAAACGUCAGCGGCACCGAAACGUGCUGGGGGGCCGUCUCGGUGAUGAAGGUGCUGCCCUUGGCCAUGCGGUGCUGGUUGAUGUCCGCCUUGUCCCUGUUCUCUUCCUCCUGGUAUGACGGGAUGGAUGAGGUCACCGAGCAGGCGUGGAGCGCCGGCAGGGCAGGCAGGGGCGGGCCCUCCUGCUGCUGCUGGUCCUCGGCGGCAGGCUGCUGCUGGAACUCCUCGCCGCCCUCCGGCUCCUUGUUGGGCUCCUCAUCCACUACUGUGGCUCUCGUGGGCUGGCCGUACUGCACCGGCAUCAGACUGGCGAAGGGAGCGGCCUGCGAAUGGGGGCGGGGCUGCUGCAUCACGUUGACUACUACGACAUUGCUGCUGCUGCUAUGGUUGUGGUCUUGGCUAUGGCCGCUGCUGCCCGUGGAUGUGGUGGCCGACGCCCGGCCCUUCUUGGUCGCACUGCUGGCUUGCCGAAUGCUCAGGGCCGCGUUGAGGGGAGAGGAUCCCUGGCAACCCUUUGCUGUUGCUGUCGCGUGUUCGCCGAAGAGGUGGACGGCGGCGGGGUGUGAGAGUGCGCCGUGGAUGAGGAUUGAGAUGAACCACACAAACGUGCAGAUGAGCUGCCCCACACCCACCAGCACCUCCCGGCCGUCCUUCAUCCGCGGAUCCUUCGAGAAGAAAUUGCUCGAGGCUGCCGCGGCCAGCAGGACCCACACAAGGCAGUCGACGGCCGACGCCACGAGGAAUGACCGGGUAUAUGGCUGGAUGUAGGGCAUGGAGCCGGCGAGGGCUGCGAUGAGGCCGAGGACGCCGAUGGCGUAGUUUCUGCCGCAGAAGCCGUACACGCAGAAGACUGCAUACACGCCCACACACAUAGAGGGAUAGAGGGGGGAAAGGGAGAUCAUUCCAUCCAUCCAUCCCUCCAUCCAUCCAUUGACGUCGGUGCAUCCGUACCUAUGUGGGCGCCCAUGAGAAAACCGUGCAGCUGCCAUGAGAGGGCGAACUCCUUUCUGCGCGCAGCAGGAGGCUUGACGCCCUCUGUGGUCGCGUGUGCCAAACGCGCCACUUUUGCUCCCAUGAUCUCCC